AUGUCCACAAGCACUCCCCAGGAUCAGUUUGUUGCCCUCGUUGCCAAGGGCGGCAAUUUGAGCGAAGCCGACAUCGAGGUUGUUUAUAACAAGCUUCCUGCUCUUCCCAUUGAUUUUCUCCGUGGAGAAUGGAAAGGUGGAAGCUUUGACACUGGUCACCCUGGCCACACCCAGCUCUUGUCUAUGAACUGGCUUGGAAAGACCUUCCACUCCACUGAAAGUGUCGACCCUAUUGUUGUAUCAAAAGAUGGAAAGCGUGUAUGCGAUGAGAACUGGGGCCAUGCUGUCCUCCGUGAGAUUCGUUUCCGUGACCUCGUGUCAACCGCUAUGAUCUAUGACAAGCACCCUAUCAUUGACCACUUCCGCUAUGUCAACGACAACUUCAUUGCUGGCGCCAUGGACACUAGCUCCUUCGGUGACGCUGGUACAUACUACUUUUACCUACAUAAAUAG